GUGUCCCUCCUCGCCUCCCCGCCCCCUCCCAGUUUUGCGUCUCCUAGCCCGACGCGCUCGCUAUAAUCACGUGACUGCCCCAUCCGGGUCUUUUGCGUUCUCUCUCCCUCUCCCAACAUGGCGGCCUCAGCAAAAAAGAAGAAUAAGAAGGGGAAGACUAUCUCCCUAACAGACUUCCUGGCUGAGGAUGGAGGGACUGGUGGAGGAAGCACCUAUGUCCCCAAACCAGUCAGCUGGGCUGAUGAAACAGAUGACCUAGAAGGAGAUGUUUCAACCACUUGGCAUAGUAAUGAUGAUGACGUGUAUAGGGCACCUCCAAUUGACCGUUCCAUCCUGCCCACUGCUCCACGGGCUGCUCGGGAACCCAAUAUCGACCGGAGCCGUCUUCCCAAAUCACCACCCUACACUGCUUUUCUAGGGAACCUGCCCUAUGAUGUGACAGAAGACUCCAUUAAGGAAUUCUUUAGAGGAUUAAAUAUCAGUGCAGUGCGUUUACCACGUGAACCCAGCAAUCCUGAGAGGUUGAAAGGUUUUGGUUAUGCUGAGUUUGAGGACCUGGAUUCCUUGUUCACUGCCCUGAGCCUCAAUGAAGAGUCUCUAGGUAACAGGAGAAUUCGAGUGGACGUUGCUGAUCAAGCACAGGAUAAAGACAGGGAUGAUCGUUCUUUUGGCCGCGAUAGAAAUCGGGAUUCUGACAAAACAGAUACAGACUGGAGGGCCCGUCCUACUACAGACAGCUUUGAUGACUACCCACCUAGAAGAGGUGAUGAUAGCUUUGGAGACAAGUAUCGAGAUCGUUACGAUUCAGACCGAUAUCGUGAUGGGUAUCGGGACAGUUACCGUGAUGGCCCACGCCGGGACAUGGAUCGAUACGGGGGCCGAGAUCGCUAUGAUGACCGAGGCAGCAGAGACUAUGAUAGAGGCUACGAUUCCAGGAUAGGCAGUGGCAGAAGAGCAUUUGGUAGUGGGUACCGUAGGGAUGAUGACUACAGAGGAGGCGGGGACCGCUAUGAAGACAGAUACGAAAGACGAGAUGACCGGUCAUGGAGCUCCAGAGACGAUUACUCUCGGGAUGAUUAUAGGCGAGAUGAUAGAGGUCCCCCCCAAAGACCCAAACUGAACCUAAAGCCUCGGAGUACUCCUAAGGAAGAUGAUUCCUCUGCUAGCACAUCCCAGUCCAGUCGAGCAGCCUCUAUCUUUGGAGGGGCAAAGCCUGUUGACACAGCUGCUAGAGAACGAGAAGUAGAAGAGCGGCUACAGAAGGAACAGGAGAAACUGCAGCGUCAGCUGGAUGAGCCAAAACUAGAACGACGGCCUCGGGAGAGACACCCAAGCUGGCGAAGUGAAGAAACUCAGGAACGAUCGAGGACAGGAAGUGAGUCAUCACAAACGGGGACCUCAUCCACAUCUGGCAGAAGUAAGUCAGACCAGGAUGCACGAAGGAGAGAGAGUGAGAAGUCUCUAGAAAAUGAAACACCCAAUAAAGAGGAAGACUGUCAGUCUCCAACUUCUAAGCCUCCCAAACCUGAACAGCCUCUAAAGGUAAUGCCAGCCCCUCCACCAAAGGAGAAUGCUUGGGUGAAGCGAAGUUCUAACCCUCCUGCUCGAUCUCAGAGCUCAGACACAGAGCAGCAGUCCCCUACAAGUGGUGGAGGGAAAGUAGUUCCAGCUCAACCAUCUGAGGAAGGACCAGUAAGGAAAGCAGAUGAAAAUAAAGUAGAUGGGGUGAGUGCCCCAAAAGGCCAAAGUGGAAAUUCCAGCCGUGGUCCAGGAGAUGGAGGGAACAAAGACCUCUGGAAGGAGUCAGAUAGGAAAGAUGGCAAAAAGGAUCAAGACUCCAGAUCUGCACCUGAGCCAAAGAAAGCUGAAGAUCCAGCCUCUAAGUUCAGUUCUGCAAGCAAGUAUGCUGCUCUUGCCGUUGAUGGUGAAGAUGAAAAUGAGGGAGAAGAUUACACCGAAUAGACCUCUGCAUUCUGUGCUUUCUCCUAGUCUCUCACCACCCGGGAACAUUCGAGAGCAAAUCAAACCUCUAUCCAGACAAGAUAAAAUAAAACUCACCAUCUCCUGGA